AUGACAUUAUCUGAUCCUGGUAUAAAAUGGCUAUAUGAACUGCUUCAAGAUGUUCAAUUAGAACAAUAUUUUACAAGGUUUAGGGAUGAUUUACAAAUCACCAGGCUUUCACAUUUUGAUUAUGUACAAGCAGAAGAUUUAGAAAAAAUAGGAUUAGGAAAACCAGGAAUAAGAAGAUUACUAGAAGCUGUUAAAAAACGAAAAACUCAACAAUGGAGGAAGAGCAUCAUUAGUAAAAUAAUUCCCUUUCCAGACAGUAAAAAAGGACAUGAUAAAAAAAAUAAAAAAAAUGUUACUGAUGAAUUGAUGCAAAAUAGUAUAUCUUGCCUUAUACAAGAAAAAGACUUAACGCAAUCUGUUAAACUGGGAGAUGGAUCUUUUGGAAUUGUGAGGAAAGGAGAAUGGGUUACUCCUACAGGAAAUGUAAUAAAUGUUGCUUUGAAAAUAUUAAAGCAAGAUGCCCUUACUCAACCGGGUGUUUUCGAAGAUUUUUUUAAAGAAGUUCAAGCAAUGCAUUCUUUAAAUCAUACUAAUCUAAUAAGAUUGUAUGGAAUUGUGCUAUCUCAACCUCUCAUGAUGGUAACUGAGCUAGCGCCUUUAGGUAGUCUUUUAGAUUAUUUAAGAAAGCAUAAUUUUCAAAUGUCUUUAUUAAAAAUUUAUGAUUAUGCUCUACAAGUUGCUGCAGGAAUGCAAUAUUUAGAAUCGAAAAGAUUUAUUCACAGAGAUUUGGCAUGUAGAAAUGUAUUGUUAUCUUCUCCUGAUAAGGCCAAAAUCGGUGAUUUCGGUUUGAUGCGAGCUCUUCCACAAGAAGACGAUUGUUACGUAAUGACAGAAAGAAAAAAAGUACCAUUUCCCUGGUGUGCUCCAGAAAGUUUAAAAUCUCGUCAAUUUUCUCAUGCCAGCGAUACGUGGAUGUACGGCGUCACAUUAUGGGAAAUGUUAACAUUUGGUGAAGACCCUUGGAUCGGACUAAAUGGUACUGAAAUAUUACGAAAAGUAGAUAAAGAAGGUGAAAGAUUAUCACAACCGGAAGCUUGUCCAACUUCUUAUUACCAUCUAAUGCUUCAGUGUUGGUCUAGAAAUCCAUCCGAUCGACCAACUUUUACGGCUAUAAUGGAUUUUUUAAAAGAUAGAAUGCCUCUUUUGGUGAAAUCAUUACGUCCCUUUUCUGAACCUGAAAAAUUAAAAGUCGAAUUGGGAGAUUCUAUUGUCGUCAUCGAUGGAAGGGCGGAUUUUUAUUGGUGGAAAGGUCAAAAUUUGAGAACGUUUGAAAUAGGUCUUUUUCCUCGUUGCCUAGUCGAUCCUUUACGAGGAAUGGCUAGCGAAGAUAUAAGUAAACCUCUUAAAAAUUCAUUUAUUCAUACGGGACACGGUUCACCCUUUGGAAGAUCCUGGGGAAGUCCGGCCGUUAUCGAUGAUGUUUAUUUAAACAAUCCCAUGGGACCUCCGGAUAUAAUUGGUAUUCCGUCUGAAAUAACGACCACUCCUCGUUUGGAAGAUAGAAAAAGUCGUCUUAAAUUGGAAAGCGUAGGAGGAAAGCAGAGAGGAAAACAAAAUUUUAAUUAUUCAAAAUUAAAAAAUGAAAUAGUUGAAAAACCAAAGGAUACUCUUCAAAACGUAACAAAAAUUUCAAGCGCGAGUAGUAAUUCAAUUGCGGAAGGUCCUUUAAUUGAUUUUUCAAGUGCUCCCCCUCCUAUGCCUUUAUUAGAUGUUAAUGAAAUCCCUUCGUAUUCUAACAUAACUUCCGUUUUAGAUCAACCAAUUGAUGUACCUCAACAGCAGGAUAAUUCAAUUUACAGUUUGAAAAGUAGCGAUUUUAAUUUGGAUAAAAACGUCACAACAAGGUAUUAUUCAGAUGUGCCAGAUCAACAAAGGAACACGUACUUAAACGUUGAUAAUUUUGAAAAUUCAACAUUUUUUUACGCCAGCGGAGAAUCGUCAAAACACGUUUCUAAUCAAACGGAUCCAAAUUUAGGGAAUCAAUCAAUGGAUGGAAAUUUAAAACAAAAUUGUUCAGACACUAAUAGUGAACUUCUCAUUCCCGCAUUAAGACCCCCUCCUCCUAAUUUAAAAAAAGUGGAAUCUUCUGUUUUAAUGUCAAAUGCCGAGACAUCCUUUAGACAGGGAACUAUUGAACGUGAAAAUCGAAAUCAUUCCUAUCCUGCUGUCAACGAGAAAGACUUAAAUUUUCCACAGACAUCCGCUUGUACGAGUUCAUGGUUUGGGAGUUCUCAGAGUAACAUAAAAACCGAAGAGUCAUUAUCGCAGGAAUCGUUUUUUUCCAAUCAAACCAAUGUUUCCGGCACGUCGAAUAAUUGUAAUCAAGAUUUUUCGGGAAGAGUUUUAAGGACAAAAGUUAUAGACAUAAAUACAAAAAGUGAUCUUUUUUACGAUGAAACGGAUUCAAUUUCAAAUCAAAUUAGUAAAAUGUGGUUAGACAAAAAUCAAAUCGCUUCGGAGCCUUCAUUUCCCAACAAUGUCGAUAUGUAUUCUUCUAUACUCAAAGAUAAAUCGCAGGGAGCUGCGUCGUUAAGUUAUUCAAAUGGAAGGAGCUCAAUAAGGGGCAACAUAGACAAUCACUGUCCGACAAUUUCUCAAGCUUUUUUUAAAAAUAUAAAUAGUGCCAAAGAUGUUGUUAAUUGUUACGAGGGUUGUUCGGAAGAGAAAAACAAAUCGUUGUCGACCGAAUAUUCUUUAAAUGUUGCGACUAACAAUUCACCCAGCCAUUACGACCGAAGAAUAACAAGCAUAAAACAAACACAUAGUCCAUUGGUGGGCCUCAGCGGUGAGCUAAGAGAAAAAAAAUUAGAAAAAUUAUGGAACGAAAUGCCGGAUACGAGCGACGAAGAAAGAUUGACGGCAUUGCAAAGAACGGGAUGGGACGUUCCAGCCGCGAUCAAAUUUAUCAAAUUGGAUCGUCUUUUAAGAUUAGCCGUGGCAUCGAGAGAGGAAUGCGAAGCAGCUUUGACACGAAAUAAUUGGGAUUUAAAUUUGGCUGCAUCCUCAGUAUUAGAUUUUAAUUAA